CAGCCAUGAGGGUUUAAUAUGAAGUACAGUGUUCGUCCUUUUAAGAAGUGUGAUCCAGCAGCACCGGGCUCGUCUGUGGGCCUAUCGGAAGGUUAGCAGUACACAAAAGACUGCUUUUUAAGGUAGCCUAGCCCUAAUACACCUCCCUCAUUUUCUGCACUGUCUGGAGCAGUCCACAGUGCAGAAUACAAACUAUGAGUAGGACGACUGAGACCGACGAUGCAGCGUUGUGCGUAAUGAAGGGUAGUCUGGAAUAAAUCGCUGCGUAGAAACGCAGAAAGACAAAAUGGGAAUGGCGAGUGAGGACCUGCUCGUGACACUCCAGAUACUACCUGGUUUCUUUUCCAACUGUCUGUUCCUCGCCCUGUACGACUCCGUGGUGCUCGUGAAACGCGCUGUGUCGCUGCUCAGCUGCUCCGGGACCGCCGGCUCCGGAGAGUGGCGCCGUAUGCUGACCUCAGCCGGGCUCCGCUCCAUCUGGAACAGCUUCCUACUGGACGCCUAUAAGCAGGUGAAACUUGGCUGCGAGGCUCCCAACUCCAAUGUGGUAAAGGUGCCUGAUGGCCCUCGGUGGAGCAGCAGUAUCAGUAAUAUGACUAAUGUGCCACCUGGUGCCAGGAACCGAAAUGGAGAAGAGUGCCGCCUUCUGGAUUUUGAGUCAUCAAAUCGCCCUCUGGUGGUAAACUUUGGCUCAGUCACCUGACCCCCCUUCAUCAGCCACCUGCCAGCUUUCCGGCAGUUGGUGGAGGACUUCAGUGAUGUAGCUGAUUUCCUCUUAGUGUACAUUGAUGAGGCUCACCCAUCUGAUGGCUGGGUGGUCCCUCCUAUGGGCACUUGCUCUUUCAACGUCCGAAAACACCAGAACCUGGAGGAGAGGCUGGGAGCGGCGCGCAAACUCAUUGAGCACUUUUCUCUGCCACCGCAGUGUCAGCUGGUGGCCGACUGCAUGGACAACAAUGCUAAUGUGGCUUACGGUGUGUCCAAUGAACGGGUGUGUAUAGUACAACAGAAAAAGAUCGCCUACCUGGGCGGUAAGGGGCCUUUUUUUUACAGUCUAAAGGAUGUACGACAGUGGCUGGAACAGAGCUACAGUAAACGGUAGGAGUAAUCAAGUACAGGGGAGGACAUGUCCCCUAUUUCAGUAGGGAAGUCAUUCAGUUUUAUAUAAUUUGUAUAAAAGGUACAAAUCAAAAGCUGUGUUAUAGUCAGUAGAGGAAAGUCCAUUUUCUCAAGUACUGUACUUGAGUAUUUUGAACUUCUAAUCUGCCACAAUACCGAGAAAAUAUAUUCAUUUAUUCGAUACCUUUAAUUUGUAAUUACUUUACAGAUUUAUAAUAAUAAUACAAAAUUUAAUUCACAAAUAAAUUAUGAUGUAUGAUUGGAUAAAGAUAAGACUUUAUCGAUCCCUUGGACUGAAAUUCACAAGCUACCCAGCAGUAUAUAUAGAAAAAAUAAGUUCCACCAUUACCAACUGCAACAUUAAAGUAAUGUACAAAUGAAGGGCUCAAUAAUUACAAUUCAAUAAUAUAAUACACAUUAUUCUGAAAUGGGCCAUUCUGCAUAAAGAAUACCUUUACAGUACAUACAAAGUGUUACUACUUACUGUCUAUUUACUGUGGUAUUGCUUAUUUAAAAAAACAUCUGAGUACUUCUUCUACCCUGGUAUUGAUUAUAUCAACUGCCAAAAAGCUGUAAUGUAAUUUUAAUUUACUUUUGAAAUCAUCAUCACCCAGUCCAGCACACUAGCAAACUGAUUGAAGGCAACCUAUAAAGCCGAGGUUGAGUUUGUAUUAAAUCUGUUAUUAUGCCCUGCUGCUGAAAUCCUUUUUUACGUGAUUUCCAUUUAAAUUAAAAAUCAAAUAACUUAAUACAGAAGAAAUCACAAUUUCCCAUUUUUAAAAUAGUAAUACAUUUUAAAGGAUUUCAUGGAGAGUUUAAUAUAGAACCUUGUUUCACUGUGGUCAUGUUAACUUGUAUGUAUGUAUGAUUAUUAUCACGAUUUAUCUACCCUUCCUUUCUCUGGAAAAAUGUUCAUUCAUACAGUAGAUACUGACUAUGGUACAUACUGACCAUGGUUCUCCAUCUGACAGCUCAAUGUACAGAUCUUCAGUUACUAUAAAAACCAUUCACCCCCUUUGAGUGUUUUCAUGUUUACAUUAUUGAAUCGAACAUGUUAAUGUUUUUUGACACUGACCUACAGAAACCCUUUUAAUGUAAAAGUAAAAACAUCUUUCCAGUGUGAUCUAGGUAGUAAGUAAUUACCCCCUCCAAGUCUGUAAUUAGUAAAUGAGCCUAUCUGGGCAGGUUAUGCAUCACACAUCUGGACAAUUUUUCAAGCAACAAAUAGGGCUUAUUGUCAUGCGGUAAAACAAAAUUUCUCCCAAUUGGCUGUUUUCUUCGCAGACUGGAUCAAGGAUUUUUCUGUGUUCAUUCACCUAUUACACUCAUGUUUGCAGCAGAGAAGCAAACCCCACAGCAUGAUGUAACCACUACCUGCCCUCCCAGUGGGAACUGUUUUUUAUAAUAAUGCAGUGUGGUGCUUACACGGUUAUUUGGGGUAAAUAAUCCAGCACGAAUUAUGGGCAAGCCAGAAAGGGGUUUAGCUCCCCCAAAUUUUGGCUUCAGCGGGCUGUCGAAAAACUGAUAACUAUAACCAUUUCUAAUGCUUUCACCAAAAGUCAACUGUUUACUUAUUUAAAGUAAUAUAACAUUAUGUAUGUGACACUAUGGUCUUGACCUAAACCUAACAAAUAGUUUUGGUGCCUGAACCUAAUCAAACUGGACCCUUUCACAACGUUAAACACUGAUAAAAGGCAUCUCAUAGAAAGAUAAAGGGUAGGCUACGUUGUGCGUUUAUGAGACACCAAAGGGUGUGACAGAGUACCAGUUAUUUGAUGACUGCCUGCUUCAUUAUAGCUGUUUCCCCCUUUUUUUACCCCGCAUGAUGAAAUAUCAAGCCCAUCCACUAUACUGCUAUUCAGUAAAGCCAGUUAAUAAAAAAGAAAUCAGAUAAAUCAGAGUAUUAUGUUUCUUUCAUAACAUAAUAUUACAAAUUAGUAGAGGGUCACUUAAUUUCCAUUUACAAUACUUACCCUAACAAUAUCAUGAGCAUUACAGAUGUAUAACUUGUCUGCACAGUUUUUCAAUAGUGUGAAAUAACAGAGCAGGAUAAUAAACAUAAGAUGAGUUAUUUCUCCCUGUUAUCUUUUAUAAAGUUCUAUUUUUUUUUCACUUUCAAAUGUGUUUUAUGUCCUAAAACUAAAUAUCUUAAUGUAAACUCAGCUCAGAUCUUAGGAUUCAAAUCUUAGGAUUUCGAUAACAUGGAACCAUUUAAUAGCUUUAAAUUUUCUGAGCUGUUAUGUUGGAUAUGUUGGAAAAAAGGAUCUGUUUGGUAAGGUUGAAGAGAUGGCAUUUAAUCUUAAGGACACACAGUUUGUUCUGAUCACAGUGACAAAGGUGUGCAAAUGAAAACCUUUGACGAAAGAGUCCCUGUCUCGGUCUCUGGUUGGAUAGUGAACUGCACCUGGUCAACAUGACACAGAACCAUUGCAUCUCUUUUCAUUGUCAAUCUGGUAAAACUACUUCUGUCUCAGUAACUGAUAUAGACUUCCCUGUUUCCAUUUCAUCUACUGUACUUUUCAUUUUUUCUAAGUGAAAUGUUUUUUAUUUUUUAAUAUGUCAAAGGAGAGAUAACAAAGUGGAAAAUAAAGGAGGAUGUUUGCUGCUAAAACUACUGUA